GCGAUGUUACCGAAUAAGGGUCUCGUCGUGUGUCUCCUUCUUCCGCUAAUUCUCGCGAGCGACACGGAAGAUCAGGAUAUCGAAAACAUAUCCGUGACAUUGGAUAAAUUGUUCGACAGUGUCCGAUCGUCUCGAUGGCCGCGAAAUGGCGAGCACACCGAUUUGUCGUUAAUUUGGCAGAAGUAUGAAUUCGGCAGCGGAGCCGGAAAUCGAGAAGAGGUGGUGGUAGCGAACAUUUCGUCGCACCGAUACGCCGAUAUCCCUGAGAAGUACGAUUGGCAAUUCUUGCGAUCGAAAAACGCUUAUUUUAUUCGUGCCGAGGGCCCGACGUUGAUUAUCUACGAAAUCAAUUUGGACGAUUCGCCCGACGUCGAACGUAGCGCAAACGUGACGACGGAGGGACGCAUAUUGCUGUUCAAAGUUUUCGAUUUGAACGCCGAGGAGACGGAACGUGAGGAUCGGGCGGACGAUUUGAUGGCGGUGUUAUUCGUCGAGUCCGAGCACGGCUACUUCCUGCACUGGUAUCGAAUCUCUGAGAACACGACUCGGUUUUAUUCGAGACUAGCCGUGCAGUGCGAAUUCCAAGAUAUGGAAAUCGUGCGGGGGGCAAAUCAGAACGAAUUACUGUUGCUCAAGAAUAACGUCACGUGUCCCGAACAGUCGUUGAUCGAUGUUUAUGGCUUCAACUGUGAUCACAGCAAUCACCGCAUCGAUAUAUGGUUUUGCCGGCGGUUAUUCGUUUCCAAGACGUCCGACAUCGAAGUCUGUUCGAUUUACGGCAGCACUGUGUUGGCCUUUCAAGCGAACGCCAGUGUUGUCUUGUACGCAUCGCGAAACGAAGAUACACACUGCAAAUACGAGGAGUCCGCAGUCCUCGAUUCGCACGAGCUCGCGAAUUUCGUGUGCUUCGAGAGCGGUUACAUCGAGUACUUGGCUACCGCCGGGAGGGAAGUGCAUCUGUUCCGCUUCUUCGAGAAUGAUUUUCAAGACAACGCCGAGACGGAUCAGUUCUACAACGAGACCACCAGAGUUUCAUGGGUCACGGCAGUGCCGUUGAACACGUAUCGCGACGAGUCACUGUUGCUGGUGCAAUUUGAAAAUUCGACGGUGAUCGCGCUGGCCUGGCAGGGAUCGAAUUUCAAGGAAGUGCCGUUGCCGAACAGACUCAUGAAUGGCUUCGAUCUGUCGAAAGCCGUCGUCGUCCCGGAAGUCGGAUUCAUGCAUGGAAACACGCUCGUACGACUGGACGUGAUCCUGACGGAAUUGGCGUAUCCCAUGCACAUCGAGACGGAGAGCAUGCUGAAGAUGCGAGUCUUGUUGGAGGAAGUGUUUCGCAAGCAGGAAGUUGACUUCAACGAGACCGAGACACGAGUGAAUCAAAGUUACCUCAAGAAUCCCGUGACAGGAUUUUGGAACCUUUCGAGAGCGGACAUCACGAACGUUACGAUCGGGAAAGACGUGAAUUACGGCGCGAUCAAAGUCGGCGUGAUGGAUUUACAAAUAGAAGAUAUAUCGACGAACGUGACAGCGAGUCUGAAGAAACUCGAGGAACUUGAAGCGAGGCUUGCUCGAGUCUUGCCGAAUUUGGAAGAAAUGGCUGACGUCUUUACGAUGAAGAUCGAGUUACCGUCAGAUGUUGAAAUAGACGGGGAUUUUCUAGUGAACGGCACUUUGAACGCGACAAAUGUGAACGCCGUUUUUGUGAAUAACGCGUUCACCUCCGCGGCCGCGGCAAAUCGCUUUGUCAAUUUCAUCCAUGGCCGAAAGUCUUUUCCUUCUAUUGACACCGACAACUUGACGGUCGUCACGUUGAACGGCAUUCCGCUGGAAGAAUACGUUUUCGACACUUCGAUCGAAAGUUACGACCAUGUGGAUUUUUCCAGGUCAAAGCGGUUAGAGAUUAAUGGACACUUGAACUUUUCCAAGAUAAACGACAUCGAUUGGGAGAUACUGAUGCAGAAUGUAAUAUGGAAGGACAAGACGAGCAACAUCCCCGGAGACACGAUCAUGAAAGGAACGAUUAUUGUCGAUGUUGGUGCUGUCAAGUACCUGAAUGAUCUGCGCUACCCACAGGAUUACGUUCUAACUAGAGGCAAGUACUUGCCAACAGUCAACGUUACGGGUGAAAAAUAUUUUUCUAAUCUAUCCGUGCAACAUUUCGUAAAUGUCAGCACGAUAAAUGAAAUAGACAUCGACGACUUCAUCAUUCUCAGCAGACACGAGGUUCUCGAUCGAGAAAUUACCUUCGAGAAUCUGCAGAUCGAUGGAGUUCUUCAGAUCGAUGGAAACCUAACGGGUAUUAAUGUGACCAAACUCGAGGAUUCGCUCAACGAGACCAACACACUCAACACACACGUCAUUUUCGAGGACCUGACCGUCGUGGGAGACAUCGUGCUUGAAGGUUCGAUCGACGCUAAAAGGUGGCGGGACUUUAACGAUCUUUUGCUGGCGACUCAGAAUAACACGAUGAUUACGGGACAUAAGAAAUAUUUGAAUGGCGUCACUAUAAAGUCCACGAUCUCAGUCGAAAGAAUCAACGGUCGAUCGACUGCCGAAAUCGUGAAUCUCGACACUGUUCAACAUUUCCCCUAUUUGAAGAGGAUAUCGGCGAAUGUCACGUUCGGCAAUGUGAAACUCGACGUCGUGAACAAGUUGGAAAAAUACAUAAUGAGCGAGCAAAAUAAAUAUUCGGGCUGCAUGAAGAAGAUAAUCUUUUUCAAGAAAACGCCUGUCAUCGACGAGAUCUCCUUCGAGACCAUAGGGCACAAUAUCACGAAAGAGGCUUUCCUCGCUCAUUUGAACGAAACCUUCCGGAAGGUGUACUUCGAGAAUUUGACACUCUCGACGUUAAAUGCCGACGAAAUCACGCCGAGCACCAUCAAUGGGAUUUGGAAUUACACCGAUUUAUUGAAGCAUAUGUUAACAACUUCCACGCGACAGAAUCUGACGGGCUCUUUGACGGUCGAGAACCUGGAAAUCGGUGUAUUGGACGCGGAGCUCGUCAACGGCAUGCCGAUGAGCGACUUGAAUCGAUCGCUGACGCGCGCAGAAUCCCUUUACGACGACGUCUUCGACGGAGAUGCGAUGUUACAGUUCCUGCAAGUGACAGGAAUAUUAACGGCGUCUUCGAUCAACAAGCGUGAACCUUCCGAUAUUUACAACGAACACAACAUGAAAUCCGUAAUUUUCCAGAAAGACGUAACGAUCGAGAAUUUGAAGGUGUCGGACUUCGUGAACGGUCGAAAUUUGUCCGAAUUCGUCGACGAUGUUGUAUGGAAAACCGACAGGGAUGUCUUGUUCACCGGCAAGAAAACGUUUGGGAACGUCACGAGCGAAUAUUUGCACGCACGAUUCAUAAACGGGCAUUUCGGGGGCGACAUCUUGGAUCCCGACAGAGAGCAAGUGCUGAGGGGACCGGUUGUUGUAAACGGUUCGAUCACCGUCCUGAAAAAUUUCAACAUUACCGGCAAGAUCGGAAGCGAGAUGUAUCUAUACAAUUUUACAGACAGAUUUAAACCACUCGGCAAUAACUCUUACGCUCUUCGUGGUAACUUCCGAUUCACCGAGAACGUCUCCAUCGCGAGACUGGACGUGAGUGGACCGAUUCAAGGAUCGAUGUUCGAUAAUUUCCUGCAAAAGACAGUUGCUAAAAACGAAUCGAACAUUACAAUAUUUGGAAAUAAAUUAUUCAGAAACAAGGUCAUAUUCGAUGACAAAUUUAUCAUUGUCGACAAAUUGGACAACAUAGAAUUGCGUAACUUUCACGAGAAAGCUGUUUACAUCGAUAAACCCUUCUCUAUCAGCUCCAAAAUCGUGUUCAAAGAAGACAUUCACGUACAGAAAAACCUUUUAGUAAAAGAGAGAUUACAAACAAGUACCAUCAUGGGAGUCGAUAUGAAGGAUCUAUGGGAGAACGCUAUCCUUCUUGAUUCAUCCACAUAUUUUGGAGAGCGGAUGACACUCGACAAUGUGACUUUCCAAGCGAGCGUAAAAGUCGUACAGGUCAAUGACUUGAAAAUGGACGAGGUGAUUCCGUUGCAUACGGACCAGAUCAUCGUAGAUGAAAUCCUUCGGGGUACCAAUGUCACUUAUAAAAACAUCGAAUUGCACAAACAAGUGAACUACCACACUCUGGCUAAGAUCUACGCGGAUACUUUCACGAUACGCGACGAGCAGAAUGUUAUGGGAACAAUCACAAUUGAAGGAAACGUUUAUGCAUAUAGUGACUUCAACGCUCAUUUAAUAAACGGUUUUUAUACCAAGCAAAUCAUUUCUACAAACACCAACGAGACUAUAGUGGGAAAUUUUAAGUUCGAAGAUCCGGUGAUCCUCAGUAAGAAUCUAACGAUUUUGGGUCUUCUAAACGGGAUAGACCCAAUUAACUGGCAAAAAACAGCAGUAAUGAAAACAGGCGAGGCGAAACAGACUAUAUUCGCGAAGUGGAGGGUUCACGGAAACGUGACCUUCGAGGAGAAUGUUAACGGAAAUGAUCUUUUGAAUGGAGUUAAUAUCACGGAAGUGUCAGUGAUCUCGGCGAAAGAGCACGUCGAAUUAGAUCCCAUUGUCCAGAAAACAAACGAGACGUUUCUAAAUAAAAUGUGUGAGAAUUUAAAUACGCUCAAAUGUGCUUCCGCAAAUCAGAUAUAUAAAUUCGAUACGUUCGAUUAUGUGAAAAUACGGGAGUUCGAGGGGGACGUUCACGAUAUUCACCAUAUCGAUUUGGAUAAUUUGGCAUAUUUGUUGGUAAAUCACGGCGAUUGCAGUGUGACGCUUCUACAAUAUAUGUCCACCGAUUUCGUAGAGGUCGACAAAAUGUCUGAUGUCGGAUUGAUCGAUCGAUUGACCUUUUAUCAAUUGAAUCGCACAAUAUACAUACUCACCAUCGCGAAACGUUCCUGUGGUGGAAGCCUUAACAACAUAUGGAAAUUAGAAGACAACAGGCUGACGAACGUGUUGGAACUCGGUAACGCCACCAAUUUGAUGAGGGCACACCAAGAUAUGUUUGUAGCGAUGAUUCAUGAUGAUGACCCAGCAACAAUGAUGGAAUCGAACCUGCAGUCGAGAAUAUUAAAAGCUCUAACUUCUUACGAGGAGGAGAGAUUAAGCUCGACUUUACAUAAUGAUUCGAUUACGCUGGUCAAUCAGACUUUCAUCCACGAACUGCACAGUAGAUCUACGACCGGUAUGCCUCUGAGCGACUGUCUCAAUUGUAGCACUCUAUUGAGCUUCAGAGUUGGUAUUUACAAACAAGAAGAAUACAUUUACUACAAUGAGGAAAUGAGUCAGAAUCAUAUUUCCUUUUGGAGGAAUGACGCAUCGCAAACGAGGAUCUUGCAGAUUAUAAAGGCGCAUCGGCCGAAAUCCUUUUUGAUUCUGAAUUUCGACGGGUUCGUUGAGACGCUGCUGAUUUUCAUCGAGAAUAAUGAGGCUAUCCAGAUCUACGAAUAUCGAGGUAUCGAAGGCUUCGUGUAUAGGAAUUCGAUCAAAAUGAAGGUCAAUCGACUGUAUACGUUUAAAAUGAGGAAAUACACGCAUAUGGAGAAAAGACACUACCUGGCUGCGGUAAACGGGAAUCGAUUAACGAUCUUGGAAGCGAAGAUGCACGGCGAGAAAUUGGAUUUGACAACUAUAACUUCCGCGGACUCCUGUUUGAUGGACGCGUGUCCGAUACGUUAAAAGGUGCGAGUGAGUGGGUACAUAAUGUGCGCGCUACUUUCGAUAUUAAUUAGUGCCGUGAAAAAACGGUAUUCAAUGUAAUAGCGUAUUUGACGCAUUACGUUGGAGAUCAAACCGCUGUGAUAAAUCGCAAAUAAUUUUAAUAUGUUCGAUUGCACGUAACUACAUCGAAAUAUUCUGUAAUUAUUGUAAAU